UGGCUUUUUACUCUCUGUUUUUUGUCUUUUCCUUCUUUCCUCCUUCUCUCGCCUUUCGGUCUCGUUGCUGCAGUAAAGGAAGGACUACCUUACAUCAUCGCCUGUGCACCACAUCCUUACUGAGGAAGUAGCGACAAUCUCGUGCUGUUCUUGAACACCAAAUUGCUGUUUCUACACUGGCUAUGGUUCCCACCUUUAUAACCUCCUGUUGUAUGGUGGUAUAUCCUCCCCAGUCUCUCUUUUUUCGCAUCCUUAUGGACUCCUUGGACACUAUUAUUCUCAAGUCUCCAUCAUGAUUGUCGGCCCUACCCUCGGAACAGGCCUGUUUAUUGGGUCCGGUCCAGCUCUGGCGGCCGGGGGUCCGCUCUCCCUCCUUAUAUCCUACAUAUUCAUAUCUGUCCUGGUGUACUGUCUCACAACGGCCAUUGCUGAAGUCGCAGCGCAUAUGCCCGCUGACGAUGGCACUGCGGUAACACACACAUACCAAUAUGGAUGGAGCCAUCUGGGCUUUGCGCUAGGCUACCUUCGCUGGUACUCCUUCGCCUUGAUGGUCCCUUUCGAAAUCACUAACGCAAUGGUCAACAUCGGUCUUUGGGAUCCCGGCGCCCAGGUCGCCUUGCGUGUGGCCAUCGUCUGUCUUGUCAUAUCGGGUUUCAAUCUACUUCCCGAGAGGCUGUUCAAAAGAUCCGAGGUUAUGUUCACCGGAUUGAAGCUUUUCACGACGGUGGGGCUUGUGAUUUUGUCGCUCGUGUUGGCCAGCUUCCCUGGAUCGCCCGCCGGAGGAUUCCACUAUUGGCGUAACCCCGGCGCGAUGCACGAAUAUACCACUGGUGACUCUUUGGGUCGGUUUUUGGGUCUCGUCCAGUGUCUUGUCUACAGCACCGUGUCCUUCAUUUUCACCCCGGAACUGAUCGUCCAGAGAGCUGAGCAAGAAGUAUCCGAAUCAAAAUACAACAUCCUCCGUUCUUCCACGACAACUAGUAUGAUCCACUCCUUGCUCUACACCCUCAGCGUGGUAGCCAUCGGUGUGAUGAGCCCCUACGACGAACCGCGCUUAACAAAUAAUGGUCUCGGUGCGGGUUCGUCACCGUACAUUAUCGGUGUAGGAAGGAUCGGUACCCCAGCAUUGUCUAUGAUAGCAACAGGGCUAAUAUUCUUAUCAUCGGUGGCUUCUGGACGCUCGUUUCUCUAUCUUUCUUCACGAACGCUGUGUUCACUGGCCGAGGCAGGGCAUGCACCUACGGUUUUCAAAGCUCGAGCUACCUGGGGCGUGCCGCAUGUGUCGAUUGCCGCGUCUGCAGCGUUCUCGUCUCUCGCCUUUCUGUCCGCAGGAGAGCCCAGCUCUCUUGUCUAUAAUUGGCUCAUGUUUUUCAUAACGACCUCCGGUUAUAUCUCGUGGAUGUCCUGGUGUAUCGUCUACCUCCUGUUCCGGCGGACCACCAAAGCGCAAGGGUUUACAUCCGUUCACCAGUCAUGGAUUCAACCCUACGGGACUUACUUUGGGAUAGUCGUCUGCUUACUGCUGUCUCUCGCGAAUACGCUUACCAUCGCCGCGCCGUGUCCCCUGCCCACGACGGAGUCCAUCCCUGCCUACAUGGGGCUCGCUGUCUUCGUCCUUCUUUAUUCGGGACAUUUUCUGAAUGCUACCGUCACCACAUGGCGAGAUUUCCGACGGAAAGGGAAUGCUGUUGAUAUUGAGAAGCGGACUGAUGCGACUGAACGGAGUGGGACAAGGCCGUGAGGCAGUCGACGAUUCGGUGAGUGUCGAGGCAGACACCAGGUCUGGGGAUCAGCUACCGGCGUGUCGGGUGGUCCCAAAGCAGCCGCUGCAUAUACACAUUGUGUCUCUUCUUAUCCUGCUAAACACGCUCCUAAUCAACACGCGGUUCUCUACAGUAUUUCUUUACUAUCAAGGUUGAUAGGACAAAAUGUGGCGCGGAUCUAUCUAUAUAGAUCACGGUAUUCUCGCUCUAAAGGCCAAA